AUGUCGCAGGUGGACGAUAUCCCGCAGCCCGAGGCAUCCUCCCAGACCUCCGUGGCAUCGUCCAUGGCGGUGCCGACGUCUGAUAGUGCUCGACAAAGGCGCAAAAUUGCUGAAUUGGAGGAGAAACUGCAAGUGCUUGAGUCGGGGCAUGCGGUGAAACAAAGGGAAACAAACUACUUCAUGUCUCAAGGACGAGCUAUCAGGCGCAUUGUUGCUCUAUUUGAUAGCAUCGAAGACAUGAUAGCCGAGAACGAUAGGCGGUGCGAUCUCGAGAGUGAUGACGACAAUCUAACUCUUGAGUCAUUUGGUAUCAGUCAGGAUCGUUUGCAAUUCAGUUAUAUAAUCCUCAACAAUAGCCUUCCGUGGUUUCACAGAAAGGUUUCUGACAUGGAAUACAAUGACUAUAUGCACAUGUUAAAAAAGCUUAGACACGGGGCCGACAGUGCUCGAGGGGAUGAUACCUCGAAGCUUAAGACUCUUAUCCCAGAUUGGGUCAAUCGUGAGUGGAGGCCCGAUCCCCCCGUCGACCUCGAAGACAAACACUGCCGUGGAUUUGCCCACGACACGUGCGGUAGAUUGCUCUGUCCAACCGAGCUAGACUGGAAUGAUCCAACCGUCAGAGCAGGAAUCCGGGACCGCGCGGACGGCUAUGUCGUGACAGAAAUGUCUUGGCCGGCGUUCCUUUAUGCAGGAUAUACUGCCGAUCAGAACAAUCUCGAGGAAGGUCUGUUCAAAAGCAAGCUUUUAGUUCAGGCAUUCAAGGCUAUCUUUACAUCCCCCUCCUCAGCAAAGGACGUUUCCGGCGAUGGUGAUGGCGCUAACAUCAUCGAAAAUAACAGACGUGCGAAGAAGGAUCCCUUGGGCAAGAAAGUCAAAACACAUUUGCGAUUCGCACUUUCAUCAGUGACUUCGUGGCGAUCAAUAGAUGGUGAUUUUGAUUACACGCAGUUCUGGUUCAACAUCGUAGACUUUUUUGAACGCCCCCCUGGCCGAGUAGCGCAGCGCAACGUUGACCGGUUGCUUACAUGGUGGACAAGGAAAGUCUUUGGUACCAGUCAUCAUACAGAACUUAGUGAUGCGGCAAAAGGCAAGAUGUCCGUCAAUGCUCUCGCGAUGCAGAGGGUGCGACUGGAUGAUGCGCAGUUCAAUUCCGAGUAG